AUGAACCUUUUCUAUGCUGCCAUGUUCCCAACAUCAUUGUUCCCGAGCAAGCCGCCCGUCCGGUCUGGAGAGAAGAUGGCGGAAAGGUUUUGUACAAGUCAACACACCGAGCGCAGCAAACUGGGGACUUCGUGGCUCUCGUAUCAUGGUACGGGCCUUCGGAUUAUAGAAGUCACAGAGGUAUCAGUCAUGAAUUCACUUCAUUCUUACUCAAUGAAGAAGUAUCCGGGCGAUUUUACGGAUGUCAAAGACUAUAUUUACACGCUAUGCACCUUUGCAACACUGCAACAUCGGAUUCUUGUCAUGGUUGGCCUCCCAGGAAUAUCGGAGAAGGAGAAAAUUGCAGCACAUUUGUUUUGGGAAAAGAUUUCAAUCCCGAGCAGUUGGGACACAAUGACUUCAUUCAUGGAGAAUAUGGAGAAUACACGCAUUGGUGCGACUCAGCAAGCAAGUCUCAUCGCGGAGGCCUUUUUGAUCAAUUCGCAUUCCGUUAUUUCCCACCAGGCUUCCGAUGGCUUGGACGAACGAUUGAAAUGA